AUGUCUUCACAAAAAGAAGAUCGAAAACCAGAAUCAGAGCUUCCCUUGAGAGAAAUCCCCGGGGACGAUGGCGUACCCUUCCUUGGGCCCAUCAAAGAUCGCCUAGACUAUUUCUACAACCAAGGCAGAGACAACUUCUUCAUCUCCCGAAUCCUAAAGCACCAAUCCACAGUCUUUAGGACAAACAUGCCUCCUGGUCCCCUCAUUGCUUCAAACCCCAACGUCGUCGUUCUCCUCGAUGCCAAAAGCUUCCCCGUUCUCUUGGACACUUCCAAAGUCGAAAAACGAGACGUAUUCACGGGAACUUACAUGUCCUCGACCGCCUUCACCGGUGGCUACCGCAUUUGCUCUUAUCUCGACCCCUCCGAGCCGGACCAUGCAGCUCUCAAGUACUGGUUCUUGUCCCAGCUCUCCACUCGCAAAGACAGAGUUAUACCACUCUUUCGAAACCACUUGUCCGACCACUUCCUCAAACUCGAGGGCCAAUUGUUCAAAAAUGGUGAAGCAGACUUCAACAAACUAAACGACCAAAUGUCCUUCAAUUUCAUCUUUGAGCUCUUUUGCGACAGACCACCAUCGGACACAACUUUGAGGACCAAGGGUCCAAUCUUUGUGUCCCUCUGGCUCUUGCCCCAGCUUUCUCCUCAGAUAACACUAGGGUUGCCCAAGUUUCUAAACUUUGUCGAAGAUUUCUUGCUGCACACUGUUCCAUUUCCUGCUCUUCUUGUCAAACCAUUCUACAACAAGCUUUACAAUGUCUUUUGGGACUCCGCAACUUCGGCUUUGGACGAGGCCGAGAGGCUUGAGAUUCCGAGAGACGAGGCUUGCCACAACCUGGUGUUCUUGGUAUGCUUCAAUGCUUAUGGGGGCAUGAAGCUUUUGUUCCCUGCUUUGUUGAAGUGGGUUGGAAUAGCAGGACAGUACUUACACCGCCAACUCCGUAAUGAAAUCAGAACCGCUGUUAAAGAGGCCGGAGGAAAGGUAACCCUAUCAGCAUUGGAGAAGAUGACCUUGACAAAAUCGGUGGUUUAUGAAGCCCUGAGGAUUGAGCCGCCGGUGCCAUUCCAGUACGGUAAGGCCAAGAGGGACAUGAUAGUCCACAGCCAUGAUGCUGCGUUUGAGAUCAAGGAAGGGGAGAUGUUGUUUGGUUACCAAACUAUAGCAGAAAGGGAUCCGAAGAUUUUCGAGAAUCCUAAUGAGUUUGUGGGAGAUAGGUUUGUUGGGGAGGGAGAGAAGCUGUUGGAGUACGUGUGGUGGUCCAACGGCCAGGAGACGAAGAGUCCGACGGUGGAGGAUAAACAGUGUGCAGGGAAAGAUCUGGUUGUGCUCAUGAAUAGGAUUCUGUUGGUAGAGUUCUUCCUUCGUUAUGAUACUUUCAUUGUUGACGUGGGGAUAUCUUUGUUGGGACCAAAAGUGACGUUCAAAACGUUGAUAGAAAAUGCAGCAUAUAUUGAUUAG